AUGGUUCAAGCACCACCAGGUUUGGCACCAACAGUUGAUUCCAUCAAUCGAAUAAAUCAUGGUGAUGAGAAUGAGAAUGAGAAUGAUCAAUUAGAAGGAUUCGGUCUAAAGGGACUCACUGGUUUAGUUCGUAUGGAACAAACAGACGCCACCACAUUUGCCAUUGGCCAAGAUUUGUCCAAAUUUGGACUCGAUAUCACAGGAGAAACAGAGAUCCUCAAGAACUUACUGAGUCCAUGGUCAGAAACAAGUAGAAGUGAAGUGGAACCAUAUUUCAGCAUUCCUAAACUGAUUCAAAACAUUAAUCCUCCUCCAGGACCUUGUGAUAACCGAAUCCAACAAUUUGCAGAUGAAACAUUGUUCUAUAUUUUUUAUACCAAACCUCGAGAUGCCUUACAAGAAUAUGCUGCACGUGAGUUAGUGGCCAGGAACUGGAGAUAUCACAAGGACAUCCAAGUAUGGUUAACAAAGGAUAGUAAUGUGGAACCCACUCUUAUAGGACCUGAUGUGGAAAGAGGUGUAUAUAUCUUUUUUGAUCCACACAAUUGGGAGAAAAUCCGUAAAGAGUUUGUUCUUCACUAUUCACUGGUUCAGGCAUAA